GCUUGGCUGUUCACUAAAGGGUAUGGAGAGUGCAAUCACGCUGUGGCAGUUCCUGUUGCAGUUGCUGCUGGACCAGAAACAUGAGCACUUGAUCUGCUGGACCUCGAACGAUGGUGAAUUCAAGCUCCUCAAAGCCGAAGAAGUGGCCAAACUGUGGGGGCUCCGGAAAAACAAGACAAACAUGAACUACGACAAACUGAGCAGAGCCCUGCGCUACUAUUACGACAAGAACAUCAUCAAGAAGGUGAUCGGGCAGAAGUUUGUGUACAAGUUUGUGUCCUUCCCCGAGAUCCUGAAGAUGGACCCACAUGCCGUGGAGAUCAGCCGGGAGAGUCUCCUGCUGCAGGACAGAGACUGCAAGGUGGCCCACGAGGGCCGCGAGGGCCACAAGCACAGCCUCUCUGCCUUCAAGAGCACCAGCCGCAACGAGUACAUCCACUCGGGCCUCUACUCGUCCUUCACCAUCAACUCCCUGCAGAACGCACCGGACAGCUUCAAGGCCAUCAAGACGGAGAAGCUGGAGGAUCCGCCCGAGGGCAGCCCCCCAGUGGAAGAAGUCAGGACUGUCAUCAGGUUUGUGACCAACAAAAGCAGCAAGCACGUCAGCAGGCCCGUGGUGUCCCUGCCCUCCACUUCGGAGGCCGCUGCUGCCUCGGCCUACUUAGCCUCGUCUGUCUCGGCCAAGAUCUCCUCCCUCAUGUUGCCAAAUGCCGCCAGCGUUUCCUCCUCGUCGCCCUCCUCGUCCCGGUCCCCGUCGCUGUCCCCCAACUCGCCCCUCCCCUCCGAACACAGAAGCCUCUUCCUGGAGGCCGCCUGCCGUGACUCGGAUUCCCUGGAGCCCCUGAACCUGUCUUCGGGCUCCAAGACCAGGUCUCCGCCUCUCCCCCCAAAGGCCAAAAAACCCAAAGGCUUGGAAAUCUCCGCACCCCCACUGGUGCUCUCCGGCACCGACCUGGGCUCCAUCGCCCUCAACAGCCCAGCCCUGCCCUCGGGCUCCCUCACCCCAGCCUUCUUCACCGCACAGACACCAAAUGGAUUGCUUUUGACCCCGAGUCCACUGCUAUCCAGCAUACAUUUCUGGAGCAGCCUUAGUCCUGUUGCUCCGCUGAGUCCUGCCAGGCUGCAAGGGCCAAACACGCUGUUCCAGUUUCCAACGCUGCUGAACAGCCACAUGCCCGUGCCAAUCCCCAGCCUGGAGCGAGCUGCUUCUCCUGUCCUGCUUUCUUCCAACCCUCAGAAGUCCUGAUGACGUCUUGCUGCGAUUAAGGACUCAGUCACGGAAGGAACCGACGUGUCCUCAUGGACUAGUUUACCUGUGUCACGAGAAGGACAUUGUGAAACUCGGCUAAUUUGGUUUGCACUUUGCAGAACAUGGAUAAUCAAGAUGAUGUUAGCAUUUUGAAAACUGGGUUUUGGGUGUUUUUUUUUUAUACUCGAGUAUAUAUGAAAAUCUGUUUUGCAUUAAAUGAAUUUUAAUGUUUUUUUCUUUUUAAUAUCCUCUUAGCUCUUAAGUGUUGAACACUGUUGACAGUGAAGAACUUUCCUUAAUGAAUUUCUGUGUAACUAAUAAGGAUGUGAAGCUUGUUUCCCUUUUAAUUCUGCAUAUGCUGAACUGUGCAUCUAGCCACUAUAACCAGCUGUGCCUUCUUCCUUCGCAAUUAGUUUUAUGUAAAUGGUUUAUAUUUUUUAGUAUUAAGAGAAAGAUGUUUGAGACAAAAAAUUAGCAUCAAACAGUUCUCUAGUAGAAUUUCAUUAUUUUUCACAAGUAGGCAAUAUGAAAGCAUACGCAUAUAUCUAUAUUUUUCCUUUCUUUUGUGUGCUUUCAAUUGUGUAAGGAUUGCCUUGGGACCUCUCUUGGACUGAAACUCAGUAAAUGUAAUGCCCAAGUGACGUUUUAUAAGAACAAACGAAGCCAUAUUUAGACAAUAAACAUUCAUAAAAAUGU